AUGGGACAGUUAAAAUUUCUCUUUCGAUGCAAUUUUUCAUCCAAAACCAAGCGAGAUUUUCACGUGGAAUCGUCGGUAAAAUUCUUUCUGCUUCAUUCUGUGGAAGCAGAAGGUUUAUUUACUGUGAAUGGAGCUGGUUCAAGUACUACAAGAGAAGAAAAUGGCUACAUACCACUUGAACAAUUUGUUGGACCUCAUUUGGGAGAAACUUUAGCGUAUCGAGUACAAGAAGUGAAUCGCAAAUUGGCCAUGCGUCAUGGAGAAAGUGUACGCACGUGGUUAAAGGAGAAUUACAGCGACAAUGUCGUGUCGCACGUUGUCUUGCGUGGAUAUGUUUUUCAACCGCUACACGAUUUUGUUUCGACCUCAGAGACGACAAUUGGUCACGACUGGUUUUUUCAUCGGAACCCUGUCGUUUUGACACAAAUGACAUGUACGGAACCAAGUCGGAAGUUUAUGUCAAACCCGAGCAUUGCAACGAAUCACUUGCGUGGCUGGUGGACUACAAAUUUGGAAACGGAUUUGCCGGCAAAAGUGCGAGCGAACGACCAGGCUUUGCUAGGUGAGAGUCGCUUUGUGCUUCUGCCGAAGCUGCACUGGUUGUGCCCAGUCAUUGCUACCGAGGAAAAUGCUUCUGGUCAAGUUAUUGUCGAAGGUGAUAGCAGGAUGGGUAUUCCGAGGGUGGAAGCGCUAACAAUCGAGGAACUACUGGCUUUUGUACGAGAAUACUUUCAAAAUGAUGCGUCCUCCAUUGAGACGAACAAAGCUAGAAGAGUGCUAAUGCCCUUAUUGGUGGCUGAAAUUGUGCAUUGUCCCAAGAAAGUGGAAUUUGGUAUCGAUGAUGGCCGUAGGCACUGGUACGAACUAUCGAGAGGCUUUGUUCUGGACCCAAAGUGCUGGGAUUCAUCACUUUUGUGCCGCGAACCUGUUCGAUUCAAGCGAACUCUCCAUAGAAACAAUGCGACCGGAAGCGGAGAGCUCGAGUUCGAAGCUCGCCGCAAUUGUGAUGCGGACGAAGCCUUUAUCAAGCCAGACAAGGUCGAGACCAUUGUACAUGAACAGCAACAGCAUAAGUUCGACGAUCCUAUCAGUGUUGCCCCACACGAGCUAUGUCGUCAGCUUUUGUCGCUGCUGGCCGCUCAAGAUAUACUCUAUACUCACGCAGAUCUGAAGAGGUCGACAAGAGAAUUAUUUUUAUUGCGAAGACAGCAUUGUCUUAGCAAAAGUGAUGACACCUCUUCGCACUGCGGUGAUGAAUCCGCAUACCUUCGUUUGUGUAUGGAGUUUCUAGUCCUUCAUGCGAACGAUAUCGAGGUUGCAAAGCAUGCUCGAAGAGUUGGUUACUUGCUACUGGACGUAUUCGAUGGAUUGAAUUGUGAGGUUAACGUGGAUGACAUUCGUACGUCUUCUUUGCAAGAAUGCUCCAGUUGGGUGGAACUCCUUACUGAAAUUGCCUAUGACACCAAUCGCUGGAAUUUCUUCAAUCUCGUCCUACGAGCGAUCGAUUUGUCUCUGACUAGUGCUCAUAUAAUAGAGUGGGGAGGAUUCGAAACUAGUAGAUGGCUGAAGUUUUUAGAUAAGCUCCUCGCUUCUCAAAGUUCUCGGUGGAAUGCUGUUGUUGUGGAAGUGAUACGUGUGUUUCAAAUUGGCAAACUUGUGCCACAUUACAAGAGCCUCGAAGAGACAGCAGACUUCCAGAAAAUUCAAAGUGUCUUUGAUGAAUUCGUUCAUCAGUGCGAUUGGCAAAGUGCUGAGCGACUUGCCCUUGUGGUGCAGAAUCACGACAUGGUGCAAACGCUAUUCCAGCAUUUGUCACUGCUAAACAUGACGAAAGCUCUAAAGCGAUUGCAGAAAGUUUCAUUCCAGACUGAAACUUCUAGCUUGGCAUUGACUUCGACAACUGAUGGUGUUGCUUCCUUGGAAGCUGGUGAAACCUCGUCUGCUAAAGUACUUGGGUAUCCCAUCAAUCAUGCCAAGAACCGCUCGCUAAACGAAGGUGAUAGGCAUGUUCUGGAAUGGAAAUACAUUGAUACGAUUCCGGACAUUGAAGUGGUAGUUCGGCACCUUGAAGAGUGCACACUAGCAAUCCACACUGUAGAGGACUGCAAUGAGCAAGCGGUUCUUCGGAACAUGCUUGUUGGUAUUGAUUGUGAAUGGCGUCCACAACAUCUGACAAAAGUGCAAACAUCCAUGACUUCUACUGUGCAUGAUGGAGAACAAAGUGAGAAACCGAGUCAACAAAUUGAAGAAGACCAGACGUGUUUAAGCAUUUACCAGCUCGCGGUCGGAGACAUCGUAUACGUCAUUGACGUUCAAGUUCUUGGAGCAGCAGCUGCAACACCGCUGCGCUUUAUUUGGAACGCUUCGUCUAGGCUCAGGUUGAUCGGCUUUUGCGUGUCCAGCGACCUUCAGAUGAUUAAGAAAGCAUUUCCGGAAGUGGAAGUCCUCUUUGAAAGUGCUUCUGCUCAACGGGAAACUCCUGUGAUACUUGAGCUGAAGAAGCUCGCCUUGUUUCGACAAAUUCCUGCGAAGAGCUGGGGUUUAGCACGGUUGUACCGUAUAUGCAUCGGAGAGCAAAUGGAUAAAGAACAGCAAUGCUCCGACUGGGGUAUUCGGCCACUGUCCUACAGUCAAAUUGAAUACGCAGCAAAAGACGCGUAUGCCGUCCAACGACUUGCAUUGCAUUUGCUAGCUGACGUAGACUUUGCUCAUGCGGGAGCGGAAAACUGUUCCGUAAGCGAAUAUGUUUGGAACUUUACAAAGUCCUUUGACGCCAGCCGCAACCAUUCAUUUUCGUGGACGAUGGCAUCUGUGUCGCAACCGCUUGGAAAGCAGCACGUCAAAUCUGCUUUAGAAGCACUAGGAGUGGCACCUCGAUUCAUGAAAUGUGACACGAGCAGCAAAGUGGGGGUAAUUGUCAAAAGCAUUGCCCUUCUUAUCCGAAGACCAACUGCAAUUGACGUGAACACACGAAGACACAUUGCAUACGCUGUUGUUGUGCUGCCUCUGGAUCGCUCUAUCGAAAUGGAAGCCUUAGGGGCAUUGCUGCAAGUAAAUCCAGACGAUAUUUCCUUGGCUGAUCAAGAGACUUUGGUGCGAGUGUUUGGUUAUACUCGAGGAUGCCUUGGGCCUAUUGGUUUGCGAGAGCAGCGUGCCACGCGUAUUUUCAUCGAUAAUUGUCUCCAGCAUGAAGAGUAUUUGCUCUGUGGUGGUGGCGCAGUUGAUGAGGUGUAUGCAAUUGCUCCGGACGUUCUCAUCGCUGCAGUGAAUGCUUCAGUCGCCAAUCUGUCACGAUAG